AUUAAAGUUGCAGUCGACAUUUGUAUAAACGAAUGUUGAGUUUCAACCUAACUCUCUCGGGUUUUGGGCAGUAUAGGACCAGCGGGAAUCCAAGUUAACAAGAAGUUGUUAUCACGAGGAAACUUUGACAAAAUGAGUGGUCACUUACAUGCAGCCAUGAUACUCCGGAUGGUUUCAAGCCAGCUUGAAUGCCCCAUACAAUCACUGACUGGCUGGAUGGCAAAAAGAUUUCUGGAGAAAAAAAAUGAGAUUCUAGAAGUAAAUGCUGCAAAACUGGCACAAAUCCAGCCAGGCAGCACAGUCUUAGAAGUGGGCUUUGGACCCGGUUUGGGGCUACAGGAAGCUCUUCGUUACCUAACCGACUCUGAAGGUAAGCUGUAUGGACUUGACUACUCUGAAUACAUGCUCAAGGUGGCAACGAGGCGGGUACAGGAGCAGAUAUCUUCUGGAAAAUUACAGCUUAUACUGGGCAGUGUGGAGGCAAUACCACUACCAGACUCCAGUCUGGACAGAGUGUUUCAUUGCAAUUGUUACUACUACUGGACAGACCUGAAGAAAUGCUGUGCCGAAUUGCACAGAGUGAUGAAACCAGAAGGACUGAUGGUUGCAACUAUCAACAUGAUCAGGAUGAAAAAGGUGGUUUCUCAGGGAUUGUUGCUGAGUAAGAUAUGGCAGCCUGAAAUCUACAUGGAUGCACUUAUGGCCACUGGAUUUAAAGAUGUGCACAUUAAGGACAAGGAAGAUAGAGGCCUUAUGUUUAAAGCAAUUUUUGCUACUGCAUCCAAAUAAGUCUCACAGUUGGGCAUCUUUGAAGUCUGACAUAUCUGUUCUGGAUUGGGCUCCUCUUUUUCUUAACUAACAAAUUCAAUAUAUUGGAACAUUAGCUUUUCUGUCAGGGCAAUUUUCCUGUAUUAUAUUUGUAUAAUUAUGUAAUAUAAAUGUUAAUACCUUUUCUUGGUAACACUUUAUUACAAAAAAUGUGAAACAGAUAAUAGGUGAUACAAACUUAUAAAAGCAAAAAAAUAAAAAAUUAAGGACAA